AAAGACCAACAGCUAUCUUUUGUGUUCCAUGGAGGAGGGGAGAAGAAAAAAGAGAAAAAAGAAACACACAAAGAUGUACAUGGACAAGCAUGCCUGGAUUUUGUGUGCGUGUGUGUGUGUUUUUAGUGAGAUGCAUGGAGUCUGUAAUAGCUGGCAGUUUUGUUUUAGUAUGUAGUAUCUUUUGAACUACUUCUGACACUAUGACUCAAGUACUCCUAAGCAAUGAGUAUCCACAGGAUUUUAUACAUAUGGCAGGCCAGGGGUGGAAUGGAAUUGAACUUGGAUUUCUCCCUCCUGAAGUAGAGGGCUCUGCUCCUAUCACUACUCUAUCUGAAACUUCAUCAGAUGACUCUGAAACAGAACUUACUGAUGAUGCAACUGAUUUAACAAAGAUGGAAAGUGUGUUUAUUGUUGGUGUUCUUGAUGAGCUAAAAAUCAGAUUCAAUUAUAACCACCAGCAUGACCGGAGUUUCAUCAAGGUGCUUCUUGCUGAAGAGAGCUCAUUGUGUGAAUUUCGGGCAUUAGGUGGUCAGGUUGAGCUUUCAAUAAGAGGGAAUGAUAUGUUCAUAGGCACCAUGCUGAAGUCCUUAGAGAUUGAAGACUUAAUUUGCCACAAUAGGGUCUCUCAGCCUUGUUACCUUGCUAGAUCUUUUAUCCGGGCUAUAGAUGCAGAUUUAUCAUUUAAUAAUAUUGAGAAUAAGAGUUUCAAUAGCAAUGACUUAUCUCCACGAGAAGGAGACGAGAAGUUCUAUGAAGCACCAGAGAAUUUGUUUGAUUCUGGGGAUUACACAACACUCUCAUCUGAUAAUAUGUCCGAGUAUCCGAGUUCCCAAAUCUCGCUCUCAUUAGGAAGCCCAUCACUCAAGACUCCAAGUUUUCUUCACAUUGCUGGCUUACUUCCUGAUGAUAACAUUCUUUCCAAAAGAGAGGACAUUGAAAUAAGUGAUACUUUGGACAGUUUUGUUAAAGCUCAAAUAGUAAUAUAUGACCGAAAUUCUCCUUUGUACAACAAUAAUGAUAUGCGGGUCACUGUGACACUGGCUACAUUGUCAUUUUUCUGUCGUAGACCAACAAUUCUUGCCAUUAUGGAAUUUGGAAAUGCCAUUACUAUAAAAAAUGAAAGUCAUGAAUCUUUCAGUGAUAGUUCUUCGGCAGUUGAUACAAAACAGGAUGUUAGAAGAGACCUUGCCAAUGCUCCCCAAUUAUUGACCACUGAGGAAUAUGUUGUCAAAGGUUUACUAGGGAAAGGAAAGUCCAGGAUUAUUUUUAAUUUAAAAUUAAAUAUGGCACGUGCUCAGAUUUUGUUGAUGAAGGAAGAUGAAACUAAGCUUGCUACACUGUCCCAAGAAAACCUGCUUACAGAUAUAAAGGUGUUCCCAUCUUCUUUUAGUAUAAAAGCAGCAUUGGGAAAUUUGAGAAUAAGUGAUGAUAGCCUUCCUAGCAGCCACUUAUAUUUCCGGAUCUGCGAUAUGAGAGAUACUGGAGGAACUUCAUUUGUUGAGUUACUUUUUACAUCAUUCAGUGUUGAUGAUGAAGAUUAUGAAGGUUAUGAGUAUAGCCUUUCUGGGCAGCUUUCAGAAGUACAGAUUGUUUAUUUAAAUCGCUUUGUCCAAGAGGCUAUUGGUUACUUUCUUGGUCUCGUGCCCAAAGACUCAAAUGAUGUUGUCAAAUUUAAAGAUCAAGGGACAAACUCAGAGAAAUGGUUCACAACCAGUGAAAUUGAAGGUUUGCCUGCUUUGAAGUUGGAUCUUUCAUUGAGGAAACCUAUAAUUUUGAUGCCACGAAAAACUGACAGUCUUGAUUACCUAAAACUCGACAUUGUUCAUAUCACUGUUUGCAAUACAUUCCAGUGGUUCUCUGGCAGUAAAAAGGACUUGACUGCUGUCCAUUUGGAAAUAUUGACCAUUGUGGUUGAAGACAUCAAUUUAAAUGUUGGUACUGGAUCAGAUGUAGGUGAAAGUAUAAUUCAAGAUGUGAAGGGGGUCUCUGUUGUCAUUCAGAGGUCACUUCGAGAUCUGUUGCAUCAAGUACCUCGCAUUGAAGCUGCAAUUAAGAUAGAAAAGUUGAAAGCAGCCUUGUCAAACAGGGAGUAUCAGAUUGUCACUGAAUGUGCACUGUCUAACAUUUCUGAGACCCCAAAUGUUGUGCCCCCAUUGAGUAGUGAUUCAACGUCUUCAGUGGAGAUUGCUGGACCUGUUAUUCCACAGGAUCCUGUUGCCAUUGAGUCUGGAACUUUGAAUAGUGAAACUUGGAUUGUGAUGAAAGUUUCAGUUGUCGUCAAGCUCGUCGAAUUAUGCUUGUACACGGGGGUGGCUAGGGAUACACCACUAUCCACUGUACAGGCUAGUGAAGCAUGGCUUCUUUACAAGUCUAACACAUUGGAUGAAGGUUUUCUCUCAGCAAGUCUUAGGGGAUUCUCCAUGAUUGAUGAUCGUGAGGGUACUGAAGAAGAAUUUAGGUUGGCAAUGGGAUUAUCUGAGGAUAUUGGUUAUAGUCCUCUGCCUUUUAUGGCUGACAAUGAUAACCAGAAAGUGGUUUAUUCAGAUGUUAGGGAAGAAAACAAUGUCAAACCAUUUCCUACAAUGCUUAUUCUUGAUGCAAAAUUUGGUCAAUUCUUGACAUCCAUGUCUGUAUGUGUCCAAAGGCCACAACUGCUUGUUGCCCUUGAUUUUAUGUUUGCAGUUGUUGAGUUUUUUGUUCCAACAAUUGGGAGUAUGCUCUCUGAUGAAGAAGAUAAGAGAACUAUGCAGGUGUUUGAUGCUAUUAUUUUGGAUCAGUCAACUUACAGGCAACCCUCUGCUGAAAUCUCACUCUCUCCUCGGAGACCUUUAAUUGUUGACAAUGAGAGGUUUGAUCACUUCAUUUAUGAUGGUAAUGGUGGGAUCCUGUGCUUAAAAGACGGGCAAGGAGCUGAUCUUUCUGCACCUAGUGUUGAGGCCAUGAUAUUUGUAGGAAGUGGAAAGAGACUGCAGUUCAAAAAUGUUAUUAUCAAGAAUGGGCGAUAUUUAGAUUCUUGUAUUUUGCUGGGAUCGAACAGUAGCUAUUCUGCAUCAAAGGAUGAUCAGGUUUACUUGGAGGGAGGGAAUGAGAAUCCUAAAUCAGAUUCUUUGACAGACGAUGCUAAUGAUUUACCAUCACAAUCUACAGUUGACAGAUCCAAAGAGUUUGUUAUUGAGAUGCAGGCAAUUGGCCCAGAGCUGACCUUUUACAAUACAUUGAAAGAUGUAGGGGAAUCACCAAUAUUAUCUAAUAAACUUUUGCAUGCGCAAUUGGAUGCUUUUGGAAGGCUUGUUUUGAAGGGGGAUACCAUUGAAAUGACUGCUAAUGCUCUUGGUUUGACAAUGGAGAGUAAUGGAAUAACAAUUUUGGAGCCUUUUGACACAUCCAUUAACUAUUCAAAUGCUUGUGGAAAGACCAAAAUUCAUUUAUCUGUCUCAGAUAUCUUUAUGAACUUUUCAUUCAGCAUACUGAGAUUGUUUCUAGCAGUUGAAGAGGACAUUUUGGCUUUUCUAAGGACGACAUCAAAGGAAAUCACUGUAGUCUGUUCUCGGUUUGACAGAAUUGGAACCAUUAGAAAUCCUGACGACGACCAGACAUAUGCCUUUUGGAGACCAUGUGCACCACCUGGUUUUGCAAUUCUUGGCGACUGCCUAACACCACUUGACAAACCACCUACCAAAGGGGUUCUUGCUGUAAACACCAACCAUGUGAGAGUCAAGAGACCCAUAUCUUUCAAACGGGUUUGGCCACCUUUAGCUUUUGAAGGCAUUUCUUAUCAAGGUGAAACUAAUUCUAAUUUGUUAGCGAAUCAUUUUACCAUGGAGGGAGAAAGUUGCUGUUCUGUUUGGUUCCCUGAAGCACCUGAAGGUUAUGUUGCAUUAGGCUGUGUGGUUGCACCAGGCAGAAAACAACCACCAUUAGCAGCUGUUUUUUGCAUCUUGGCUAGAUAUGUUUCAACUUGUCCACUCAGGGAUUGCAUUACCAUCAAUGGAACUGCCAAAUAUCCAUCAACUUUAGCAUUUUGGCGUGUCGACAAUUCUUUUGGCACUUUCUUGCCAUCAGAUUCUAGAACAUUCAGCUCAUUAGCAAGAUCUUAUGAAUUGCGUCAUAUAAUGUUUGGAUUCUCUAAGGUAUCUCCAAAACAAUCUGGACGCUUAAAUUCUCGAGCUUCUCCUGGUCAUGGUCAUAUCCUGCAGUCGGAAGGUUCUCUAGCUGUGAACUCUGCUCGGCGUUUCGAAGCUGUUGCUAGUUUUAGAUUGAUAUGGUGCAAUAGAGGUACAAGCUCAAGGAAAAAAUUGUCUGUAUGGCGUCCGAUGGUUCCUCUGGGGAUGGUGUAUUUCGGUGAUAUUGCUGUUAAUGGGUAUGAGGCCCCAAAUACGUGUAUUGUUCUUCAUGAUACUGGCAAUGAAGAGCUUUUCAGAGCUCCUUUAGAUUUUCAGCUGGUUGGACAGAUCAAGAAACAGAGAGGAAUGGAUAAUAUUUCGUUCUGGCUACCUCAAGCCCCCCCGGGUUUUGUUUCCUUGGGUUGUAUUGCAUGUAAGGGCUCACCAAAGGAGCAAGAUUUUAGUGCAUUAAGAUGCAUACGCACUGAUAUGGUAACUGGAGAUCAGUUUCUGGACGAAAGUGUGUGGGAUUCAUCUGAUACCAAGCAGGCCACAGAACCAUUUAGCAUAUGGACCACUGGCAAUGAGUUGGGGACUUUUUUCGUCCGAAGUCAUUUUAAGAAACCUCCACGAAGGUUUGCUUUAAAGCUGGCAGAUACAAAUCUACAGAGUGGUUCAGAUGAUACUGUCAUUGAUGCAAAAAUUAGGACCUUUUCUGUAUCUCUUUUUGAUGAUUAUGGGCUGAUGGUUCCAUUGUGUAAUAUAUCCUUGGGUGGAGUAGGGUUCAGCCUGCAUGGAAGAACUGACUGCUUGAAUUCCACUGUUAGCUUCUCUUUGGCUGCUAGAUCAUAUAAUGAUAAGUAUGAAUCAUGGGAGCCACUUGUUGAACCAGUGGAUGCUUUUUUAAGGUACCAAUAUGAUUCCAAUGCUCCUGGAGCAAAUUCUCAAUUACGUUUCACCUCCACUAGGGAUCUUAGCUUGAAUGUCUCAGUGUCUAAUGCUAAUAUGAUUAUUCAAGCUUAUGAAAGCUGGAACAAUCUUAGUCACAUGCAUGAGUACUAUAAGAGACAGGAAGCAUUGGCUCCAAUGCAUGGCACAAGAUCUGUUACUGAUGUCCAUCACAAAAGGAGUUAUUAUAUAGUCCCACAAAACAAACUUGGUCAGGACAUUUUCAUUCGAGCUAUGGAAAUGAGAGGGCUAUCAAACAUAAUCAGGAUGCCAUCUGGGGAUAUAAAGCCUAUAAAAGUUCCUGUUUCAAAGAAUAUGUUGGACUCCCAUUUGAAAGGAAAAUUUUGUGGGAAAAUUAGAACAAUGGUGACAGUUGUUAUACUGGACGCACAGAUCCCAAGAGUUGGAGGUUUGACUUCUCCUCAGUAUGCUGUCACUGUUCACCUCUCUCCUGAUCACAGCUUUCCUAAUGAUUUGCUUUUGCAUCAACAAAGCACACGGACAUGUGGUCGUACCUCAAAUUGCUGUUUAUCGCCAGAUUUUGUAUUGGUCAACUGGAGUGAAAUAUUUUGCUUUAAAGUUGAUUCUCCAGACCACUACUUGCUGGAGUUGGUUGUGACUGACAUGGGAAAAGGUGAUGCUGUUGGAUAUUUUUCAUCUCCUUUGAGUAAGAUUGCAGUGCACAUCCUUGGUAGUUCAAAUCAAGAUGCUCAUGUCAAUAGCUUAAUGUGGAUAGACUUGUCCUCAUCGACAUCUGUAAAUACAACUCAAGCGGAUGAGACUGAGACAUCAUGUGGGAAACUAAGAUGUGCUAUAAUCUUGUCACCCAAAUCUGCAGUUGAAGAAAGAAGUGAUAUCUUUAAGGAAGGUAAAGAAUCUGGAUUUAUUCAGAUUAGUCCUAGCAAGGAGGGACCUUGGACUGCUGUGUGGCUAAACUAUGCUGCCACAGCAGCUUGUUGGAGAUUUGGCAAUGAUAUUGUGGCUAGCGAAGUAAGUGUAAAGGAUGGAAACAGAUAUGUAAAUAUUAGGUCUCUGGUUUCAGUAUGUAACUCCACAGAUUUUGUGCUGGAUUUGUGCCUUGUAUCCAAAGCUUCCAGUCAGAUCACUAGUACAUCGAGUGAUGCUAGUAGACCUGAAGAUUUACUAGUUGAUGGAGACAAAAUUCAGACAGAAGAAUUCUUUGAAACUCAAAAGUACAACCCAACUAUUGGCUUGGUUAGCUGUUCAACUCAACCAAAUCAACAGCAUUCAGAAGGUGGAGACCUCUAUAAGGCAACACCUGAAGUUGUAUUACCUCUGGGUUGGGAAUGGAUGGAUGAUUGGCAUUUGGAUACAUCAUCGGUAAAAACUGCUGAUGGUUGGGUUUAUGCUCCAGAUGUCAAAAGCUUAAAUUGGCCGGAAUCACAUGACGACCUAAGGUUUGUGAACUGUGUGAGGCAGAGGAGAUGGAUCAGAAAUAGGAAACAGAUAUUAUCUGAUCCAAACAAAGAGCUGUUUAUUGGUCAAUUGCAACCAGGAGAUAAAAUGCCUCUUCCCCUAUCAGGCUUGACCCCCUCUGGUUUCUAUGUUUUUCAGUUGAGACCAAGCCUUGAUGGACCUGAUAAAUAUUCUUGGAGUUCUGUAGUUGAUGAGCGUGAUCAGUUAGAUGAUUCUGGAGAACCCAAGGGAAAAUCUGAGAUAUGUGUGUCAGCUCUCACUGAGUCUGAUAAAUUAUUGUGCUGCACUCAAAUAACUGGAUCCUCUUCUGGUGCUUCUUCUCAUAAAAUGUGGUUUUGUGUAAGCAUUCAAGCUACGGAAAUUUCAAAAGACAUUCAUUCUGAUCCUAUUCAAGACUGGAGUCUUGUAGUCAAAUCCCCAUUAUCUUUUAGCAACUAUCUUCCUCUUACAGCUGAGUAUUCUGUUCUUGAGAUGCGAGAAAGUGGUCAUUUUGUUGCCUGUACCAGAGGAAUCUUUCAUCCUGGAAAAACUGUGAAGGUCUACAAUGCUGACAUACGGUACCCUUUGUUCUUCUCGCUGCUUCCACGGCGGGGAUGGCUACCUCUACAAGAAGCUGUUCUCAUCUCCCAUCCCCAUCAAGUUCCAGCAAAAAAAAUAAGCUUCAGAAGUCCGAUUUCUGGAAGGAUUGUUCAACUUAUUCUCGAGCAAAAUUUUGACAAAGAACAACCAACACUGGCUAAAAUCAUAAGACUGUAUGCUCCUUAUUGGUUUUCAGUUGCCAGAUGCCCCCCUCUUUCAUUUAGGCUUCUAAAAAUGGCAGGGAAAAAGCACCCAAGGAAAAUCAGUUUUCCUUUUCAUUCUAAAAAAGACAGUGUAGAAAUCCUUGAGGAAAUAGCUUACGAGGAAAUAUCUGAAGGUCAUACAAUUGUCUCGGUUCUGAACUUCAAAUUUCUGGGCCUCUCUGCAUCAAUUACAGAAUCUGGAAAUGAGUGCUUUGGACCUGUUAAGGAUCUUUCUCCCCUGGGCAACAUGGAUGGAUCACAGGAUUUGUAUGCUAAUGUUGGAGAUGGCAAAUACUUGCGUCUUUUUAUUUCCACAAAACCUUGCCCUUAUCAGUCUAUACCUACAAAGGUUAUUAUGGUGCGACCAUACAUGACAUUCACAAACAGACUUGGUCAAGACUUACAUAUUAAAUUUAACAGCGAAGAUGAGGGAAAGGUUCUCCAUGUAUCUGAUUCAAGGGUCUCAUUUGUACAUGUUGAAAUGGGUGAAAUAGAUAAAAUCCAGGUGCGACUGGAGGAUACAGAAUGGUCUUUUCCUGUUCAAAUAGUGAAGGAGGAUACAUUCUUUUUGGUUUUGAGGAGAUAUAAUGGAACAAGGACCUUUCUGAGAACAGAAGUGCGUGGUUAUGAAGAAGGAUCACGAUUUAUAGUUGUAUUCCGUCUUGGAUCAAGUAAUGGUCCUAUCAGGAUUGAGAACAGAACCAACAAAACUAUCUGCAUUUGCCAAUCUGGGUUUUCUGAAUAUGCUUGGACACAGCUACAGCCUCUUUCAACAACAAAUUUUUCUUGGGAAGACCCAUAUGGACAAAAAGUUAUUGAUGCUAAAAUUGAUGUCGAUUCUGAUAUUGGAGUCCAGCAAAUUGAUUUCAAAAAGGCUGGACUGUGUUCUGCAGUGGGGGAAUCUGGAAUGCACUUCCAUGUUAUUGAAAUGGGAGAUAUUGUUGUUGCUAGAUUCACAGGUGAUGGCACAUUGGGGUUAAGUUCACAUGAAGAAAUAAGUUCUGUGACAUCUACUGGAAAGCUGCAGGCCAGUACCACACCAAUAGAAAUCAUCAUUGAGUUGGGAGUUGUUGGGGUAUCUGUUGUGGAUCAUAGACCAAAGGAGCUCUGUUACUUGUAUCUGGAGAGUGUCUCUGUUGCAUACUCUACCGGCUAUGAAGGUGGAGUGACAAGCAGGUUCAAGCUCAUAUUGGGUCACCUUCAGAUAGAUAACCAGCUUCCUCUAACUUUAAUGCCAGUGCUUUUGGCCCCUGAACAAGCCAGUGACAUACAUCAUCCUGUCUUUAAGAUGACUGUUACAAUGCGCAAUGAGAACACUGAUGGCAUCCAGGUCUAUCCAUAUGUAUAUAUACGGGUAACUGACAAAUGUUGGAGGCUUAAUAUACAUGAACCAAUCAUCUGGGCAUCUGUGAAUUUCUAUAACAAUCUUCAGCUGCAUCGCAUACCUCAAAGCUCAAGCAGCACUCAAGUUGAUCCAGAGAUACGUGUUGACCUGAUAGAUGUUUCAGAAGUAAGGUUGAAGAUAUCUUUGCAGACAGCACCAGCAGAAAGACCUCAUGGGGUUCUUGGUGUAUGGAGUCCUAUACUGUCUGCCAUUGGUAAUGCAUUUAAAAUUCAGGUUCAUCUAAGGAGGGUGAUGCACGAAGACAGAUUCAUGCGGAAAAGUUCUAUUCUUCCUGCAAUUGGAAACCGUAUUUGGAGAGAUUUAAUCCAUAACCCUUUGCAUUUGAUAUUUUCAGUAGAUGUACUUGGAAUGACUAGUUCAACAUUGGCUUCUCUGAGUAAAGGAUUUGCUGAGCUUUCAACUGAUGGACAGUUUCUGCAACUACGUUCAAAGCAGGUAUGGUCGAGGAGAAUAACGGGUGUUGGUGAUGGGAUUAUUCAAGGAACUGAAGCUCUUGCACAAGGUGUUGCUUUUGGAGUCUCUGGAGUUGUGACAAAACCUGUGGAAAGUGCCAGACAGAAUGGUAUCUUAGGACUUGCCCAUGGUCUCGGGCGUGCUUUUCUGGGGAUUAUUGUUCAACCCGUGAGUGGAGCACUGGAUUUUUUCUCACUCACAGUCGAUGGAAUUGGUGCUAGUUGUUCAAGAUGUUUAGAGGUUUUGAGUAAUAAAACCACUUUCAACAGAGUCAGAAACCCUCGGGCUAUUCAUUCUGACGGUGUUCUUCGUGAGUAUUCUGAGAAAGAAGCCAUUGGCCAGAUGGUGCUCCAUCUAGCAGAAGCAAGUCAGCAUUUUGGUUGCACUGAAAUAUUCAAAGAGCCCUCAAAAUUUGCUUGGUCUGAUUAUUAUGAAGAUCAUUUUCUUGUACCAUACCAAAGAAUUGUGUUAGUAACCAAUAAGCGAGUAAUGUUGCUGCAGUGUUCUGCCCUAGACAAGAUGGAUAAAAAACCUUCUAAGAUCAUGUGGGACGUUCCAUGGGAAGAGCUUAUGACACUGGAGUUGGCAAAAGCUGGCUGUCAGCUACCUUCUCACUUGAUCCUGCACCUCAAGAGUUUUAAAAAAACAGAAAAUUUUGUCCGGGUCAUUAAGUGCAAUGUUGAAGAAGAUGAGGGAAGGGAGCCCCAAGCUGUGAAGAUUUGUUCUGUUGUGCGUAAAAUGUGGAAAGCAUAUCAGUCAAACCUGAAAAAUCCUGUUCUAAAGGUUCCUUCAAGCCAGAAAGAAUCACGUCCUCCUAACAAAGCCAUCAUUAAGUCAAGUGAGCUCUCUUCAUCCAGUUCUUCAUCUGAAGGAAGGAAAUUUGUUGAACACAGUAUGAACUUUCUAAAAAUCUGGACCAGUGAGCGACAAUUAAAAAGUCUGUGUUCAUUGUGUAGAAAACAGGUAUCUGAAGAUAGUGGAAUGUGUAGCAUUUGGAGACCUACCUGUCCUGACGGGUAUGUCUCCAUUGGCGAUAUAGCUCAUGUUGGCAGCCAUCCUCCAAAUGUUGCUGCUGUUUACCGAAACAUUGACAAAUUGUUUACACGACCCGUGGGAUAUGACCUGGUAUGGAGAAACUGCUUAGAUGACUACACAGCUCCAGUAUCAAUAUGGUGUCCACGUGCCCCAGAGGGAUUCAUUGCUCUUGGAUUUGUUGCUGUGGACAGUUUCACGGAGCCAGACCUGAGCUUGGUAUACUGCGUGGCAGAAACUCUUGCUGAGGAGACUCUGUUUGAAGAACAAAAGGUUUGGUCUGCACCUGAUUCAUAUCCAUGGGGCUGCCAUGUGUACCAAAUAGGGAGUCAGGCUCUUCAUUUUGUUGCUCUUAGGCAUAAAAAAGAAGAAACUGACUGGAAACCAAUGAGAGUUUGUGAUAAUUUCCGGCCUCCUGAAUCAUCAUCAUCAGAACAGUUCCAUUGAACAUUUAUGGCCUUUUCUGUGUGUACUUGCUCGGUAGUUUUUUGUAGAUAUGACGUUUUGUAAGUGCUAGGGGAGGAUUAAAAAAAUCUAGAUAUCCUUUUAUGAUUGAGAAUGUUGUUCUGAUUUGGACAGUAAAGCAGAAACUAUCAAAUGGGAGGAGGCCCUUAAUAUCAAAGAGUUCAAUUUCCAUCAGACAGUUAAAACUAAAACUGUAAAACACAUUUUUUUCGUUUAUGAUUUAUCUUCCUAGAAAAAGAAAAUACAUUAGAGGGCACUAAGGGCUGUCUGGUAAAUACAUGUCUUGAAAUAUU